UUUAAAGACACAAAAAUGAUAUUAGAAAGAGAUUUAUAUAUUUAAAAAAGUGAGAAAAAAGAUAUUAAAGAGAUAUUUCUAUUUUUAGCGGUAACCUUUGUAUUUUGGAAUAUUAAUAAUAGUAACAAUCAUAAUAGCAACUAGUGCCCCAUUUGCAUAGAUAUUUUGUAUACUCUCCCCAUAUAGGCCUACCCUCCUGUCCCCAUACAUAUAUAUACAUACAUACAUGCAGACAGACAUCAUGGCGGGCAUUAACAGAAAUCUGGUGCUCCUCAAACUCCUCCUCUUCACUUUUUAUGGAGCGCUGAGUUGCCUGAUGGCGUUCCUCAACAUCCAUAUGCGUUUUCUGGGCCUCAGCAUUCAGGAGAUAACGUGGAUCAACACCGUGCUGCCGCUCACCUCCCUGAUCGGCCCGCCUCUCGUGGGGAUGCUGGCGGACAAGCUGGGACGCUACAGACUCAUCACCAUUGUCUGUAUGCUAUUAGCGACCGUCCUCCACGCGGCCCUCCUCUUCGUGCCAUCCUGCAAUAUUUCCACCAGCCAGGCAUCACCGCUGACCCUGCACUGCUCCUCCGAGGGUGCCAGGCUACAGCUGUGGUCAUGCCCCGCCUCCUGCAAGAGCCCUGUGCCCAUACAUGCUUCGGCCUUCAGGGUCGACAGCUGCCAUUUGGUGUGUCCCGAGACCGUCACCGCCCUCGCAUCUGUCGGAGGUGGUGAUGGGGUGGUGGUGAUGGAGGGGGAGACAGGCAGCCUUUCCAACACCACCACUAAGUCUUCCUCCUCCUCCACCUCCUCCUCCUCCAGACAGCUCCUCAUGCUUCUCCGAUCUUCCGAGGGAGCGACCGAGUAUAUUGCGUUGGCGGGGAAGCAGCUCACCGUAGCAUUCAACACAUCACUCAUGCCACACGAACAGCAGACAGGGACAGCAGAACAGCAGGAGGAGGAGGAGACACAAAGCAAGCAGGAACACCCACAGCCGGAAGAGCAGAAAGGACCAUCGCCUUGUCACUACCCUCUCAAGGAUUUCACCAUGCAGAAUACUCACUACUCGUCCAUGUCCUGUCGCACCCAAGACCCAGUGUGUGAGGUGGUGUGCAGUGCGGCUAAGAUGGGCAACGAGACGCAGCUCCUCGACACCUCCUCGUGCUGCGACCCCAAGGUGACGCUCUGGCUCUACUUCAGUCUGCGCUCGCUGGCUGAAAUGCUCUCGGCCAUCCUAGUGUCACUCCUGGAGGCCGUGGCGCUGACCAUGGUACACCAGCACAAGGGGGACUAUGGCAGGGAGAAGAUGUUUGGCCUGAUUGCUGUCGCCAUCUUCCCUCCCCUGGUCGGCUAUCUGGUGGACACGGAGGUGGGUACGUUCGGCAUGUAUAGCUACGCGCCAGUGUUCUACGUGUUCGUGGCGCUCAUGCUCAUCACCUCGGCUGUCACCCUCGCCCUGCCCAUAGAGGUGCAGGUCCAGCGACGCAGCCUGGUAAAACUUCCUUCGCUCUCCUUGACGGCUGAGCUCAGCGUCCUCCUCCUCCUAAUGACAAUCCUGGGUACCUUCUGGGGUUACCUGAAGACCUUCGUGUACUUCUACCUGGAGGACCUGGAUGCCACCAAGAUGCUCAUAGGCCUAACCUCCUCCUUCUGCAUCCUCCCCUCGCUGCCAUUCCUGUACAAGAGCAAGGCGGUGGUCCAGUACUGCGGGCACCAUUACCUCAUCAUGCUGGCUUUCGUGGGUUACUGUAUCAGAUUUGCCGGUCUCUCGUACAUCGUGAAUCCGUGGUGGGUGUUGCUGCUCGAAACCCUGGAGCUGUUCACCCUAAACCUCCUCAACGUUUCCACCGCCACCCUCGCCUACAAGCUAGCCCCCAAAACCUUCGUAGCGACUGCCCAGGCCCUUGUAUGGGUGUCGCACUUCAAUAUAGGUCGCUGCAUAGGAACGUUCGCGGGCGGCCAACUCCUGGACAUCUAUGGUCACGUCCCGGUUUUCCAGGGGGCCGCCGUCAUAGCCGCCACCUGCGCCGCCGUCUACCUGGCCAUACACCAGUUCAUGAAGCACCUCAAGGCCAGGCAGACCGUCGCCCAGCCCAAGCCUCAGGCCACCAGGGAGAACGGUAACAUCGCCAAUGGCCACUAUACGCCCCUGCAGGUUGCCGACGAUAAGUUUUGAUGAUGAGCGGAAUACUAGACGCACGCAAGUUACCACUGUGGCUGCCCUGGGGUCCCUCGUUCUCCGUGGCUCUGUGAUACCUUAGGCCGAACCACCACCACCACCAUUACCACCACCUGUUGACAAAUUUCUCUCUCUCUCUCUCUCUCUCUCUCUCUCUCUCUCUCUCUCUCUCUCUCUCUCUCUCUC